AGCAUCUGUACCGAUAAGACAGCAACUAUUUCCCCUUUUUGAAUUCAGCUGCAUUCAGUUCCACUCGCAAACUGUCACAAUGAAGACGUUAUCAACCCUUCUGGCCGGUUUCCUUGCAGCUCAAUUUUACAGUGCUGCCGGGUCGGUUAUGAAAACUCACGAAAAGAUCGUCGGUGGCGAUGCGGUAGAUAUUGAACAGUUUCCAUACCAGGUGGCAGUUCUCGAAGUGGAUAAUCAAAUUUGCGGUGGUUCAAUCAUCAGCGAAAGAUGGAUUCUAACGGCAGCGCAUUGUACCGAUGACACAAUCCCACGCUAUCUAACGGUUCGAGUAGGUUCAUCCUUCCACCAGCACGGAGGAGUGGUUCAUCAAGUGGACUCGGUCGUUCAAUAUCCCGAUCAUGUGCCGUACGGAUGGUUGAAUGACUUCGCGCUGCUGCAUCUGACGACUGCGAUAGAUUUUGGAGUGGCAGCACAACCCACCCUUUUGGCAUCAACGGAUUCAGAUUUAGAUUUCGACCUAGACUGUAUAGUGUCCGGGUGGGGUAAAACUUUGAAUGAAACGCAGGGAACCGAUCAGCUGCGUGCGGCCCAAAUCCGAUUGGUUCCCCAGGAGCAGUGUAACGCAUACUACGACGGGCAGGUAGACGGGACGAUGGUUUGCGCCGGGGGAGAAGGUCAUGACUCGUGUCAAGGCGAUUCAGGAGGGCCCCUAAUUUGCCGAGGGAAACAGGUUGGAAUUGUUUCCUGGGGUAAAGGAUGCGGUGACUAUCCAGGAGUUUAUGCUAAUGUCGUAUUUCCCAGAGGCUGGAUCAGGAACGUCACCGGAUAUUGAAUCGAAUAAUGAAGGAAACAAUCUCGUUUUAAAAUAAAUUUUACUAGUUUGUCACUGAUGAGGGUAUGCGAUAUUUCGAAUGUUUCCGUAAAGUAUCGUUGUAUGUAGCAUAUUCAAAGUAACAUUUGUAAACUA